GUUCCUAUCCAGUGGCAGGUUUACAGGACGGUGUUAACUGCUGUCUGACAAAUGUUGGUUUUCUUUCCCUUUUCUUUGUCGUUUGGUGCGUUUCUAUAGUUUUGCAACGAUGACGUCAUUUCUUCUUUGGAUCUCGUCGGAAGCAGAGGAGCUGUACGUGCUGGACUGCAUGGCGUAUUUCAUGCUUUUCAUGGCUGUCUGCACUUUUGUGAGUUUACGUUUUGAAAACGUCCCGUACGGCCGUUACGCCUCCAGCAAAUACGGCUUCCCUGUCAACGUGAAGCUCGCCUGGUUCGUGCAGGAGCUGCCGUCGCUGCUGCUGCCUUUAUACCUGAUAUUCUCACCGACCUCCGCCAAAACCGCUCUGCUUCCAAACCAGCUGCUCAUCGCCAUGUUCGUGUGUCACUACAUCCAGAGAGCCAUCGUUUAUCCGUUUUUAAUCCGGGGAGGGAAAGCUACGCCGUUUGUGUCCUUCGCCUUGGCCUUCCUUUUCUGUCUGUAUAAUGGCUACAUGCAGGUCAGAUAUCUGAGCCAUUAUGCUGACUUCCCUCCACACUGGGUCACACAUCCACUCUUCAUCCUUGGGUCUGCUCUGUGGUUGGUCGGCUGGUUGUUGAACUUGCAUUCUGACCACAUCCUGAGAAACCUGAGAAAGCCUGGCGAGACUGGCUACAAGAUUCCCAGAGGAGGGAUGUUCGAGUACAUUUCUGGGGCCAACUUCUUAGGAGAGAUAACAGAGUGGGCUGGCUUCGCUCUGGCCGGAUGGUCUGUUCAGAGCGCAGCUUUCGCCAUCUUCACCGCCGUGGUCCUCACCAGCAGAGCAGUGGCCCACCACAAAUGGUACCUAUCUAAGUUUGAAGACUAUCCUAAAAACAGGAAGGCGCUGAUUCCCUUUCUGAUGUAGAAACACCAGCGAUGUCCUGGAGGCUGGAGGAGGCACUGACUAAAGCAAAUGUUUUUAAACAUUUUUAAUGAGGUCAUCACAGCUUCAAGAACAAGUUAAAAGUGGGAUUGUUACCUUAAAAUCGGAGUAUUACAUGGUGCUGGCUGCAGAUGAACAGAGUAAAUUACAAAAUGUCUAACAUCGUAA